AUGACCGACCUCUCCAAGCGCGACUCCAUGGAAGCCACCGUCUCCGACCUCAAGACGAAAAUGGAAACGACGCAUCUCUCCGCCGCAGCCUCCAAGCAGCGCCGCCCCCUCGGCCUCACCGACCUGCCCCCCUCCGUCCGCAACCGCAUCUACGCACACGUCCUCGACACCGAGCUCGUCAACGCCGGCCAGCCCAACGUCGCCUACGCGCACGCCAUCAAAGACGGCGUCCUGCACUUCAGCGCCUCGCGCCGCCCGUUCCCCGUCUCUACAUCCAUGUUCUACGUCAACAAGCAGAUCGGACAGGAGGCGCGGGAGUACUUCUACGAGAAGGGGUUGUGGGUGCGAUUCGAGGUGUACAGCGCGGAUGCGCGGCACGCGAAGACGAUGCUGGAGGACUCGGGCGUGCUGUUUGCGACGGCGGCGCCGGCGGUGCUGGAGCGGUGUAUGCUGCAUGCGAUGGAUCUCACGCUCGUGGAGAAGGGGAGCGCGCAGAAGAGGGCGCUGGUUAUGUUCCCCGCGCAGUAUCUCCCAAGGUUGAUUAAUUUCAUGGAGCAGGCGAGUCGCGCGUCGGGCACGUGGGCGCCGAGCCAUAAGCUGUGGAUGAGCGUGCUGAAUACGUAUGCGCUGGAGGUGGCGCGCGUGCAGGGCGAUCUGCUCGAGCUGUUCCGCCUGCUGACGAAUGUCGGGGGCGUGACGGUCGAGAAGGGGAAUUUGCUCGAGGGGUAUGCGGAGGCGUUGCAGGCGAGUAUUCUGGCAGCGGAGUUUACGGCUGAGGCGUGGUUGGGCAUGGUGAGCGAGACGGCGGAGCGCGCGGAGGACGUGCUGCGCGGGAAGCGCGACGUCGACGCCGCGGCGCAGCAGGCGCAGAGCGCCAUCAUCGCGAUGACAUACGGCUAUCUCACGCGCGCGGAGACGCUGCACUCCCAACCGGAAGAUUUCCACAAGUCCAUCCAGCGCCUGCGCUGGCGCUGCGAGCUCGCCCUCGGCCGGGCCCUCGCCGCGAAGCACGCCGAUACUCCCAACAAGUCCAACGCCUCCUGGCUCUCGGACACCAGCAUCCCCCUUCAAACGCGCAAGGCCGCCGCAAAGGACCUGCUCGCCGCCGAAACUGCUACCUCCCACGCGCUCAGCCUCGCCACCGACUCGGCCUCCCCGGCCUCGAACCCCUGGUUCCAGACCCUGCCCCCAGAGCUCAUUCCGCCCAACAAGGCGGAGUGGUUCACGGACGAGGAGCGCGGCCGCACGUGGUAUGCGUGCGGAAUAGUGCAUACCGCGUUGGGCGAGUGUCUGUUUGCUGCGGGGGAUCUUGAGCGGGCUGAGAGAUUGUGGCCUGGCGGAGAGAAGGAGGGCGUGAAGGAGGCGUUUGCCAGGGCGAGGGAGGGGAUUGAUUGGAAUGUGAGGCCGGGCGUGGGGUUGAAGAGGGCUGCGGGUGUGGCGAGGGAGGAGUGA